ACAUGGCGAUCCAAUAUACACGCCCGACGUCCGACAACGACAUACGACAUAUUGUGGAACGGACCUGUUAAACGUUGAGGAUACAGGCGCGCAAGUUACGAUUGCCAUGCGUAGCGACUAGGUUAAGUUCCUCAUGGCCGGUGAGACGUCGUGUCGUUGAUGCGUGAUCAAGGGUACGGAAUUGCGCAAACGACUAUAACCCUGGAACACGGUGACUGAGCCAACCGUUCAAACGCAAGAGGCAGAUAAUUAUAAAACGCCGACGUGACAGUUCGUCCGCGCGUCGAGGUGCCGAACGUGCGUGACGUGAGGUUAGGCCAUGGCGAAGUACCUCAUACAGAUCAUCGUGAUGGGCACGCAGGUCGUCGGCAAGGCGUUUGCGCGCGCGUUGCGUCAGGAGAUCGCGGCGAGCCAGGAGGCGGCGCGACGGGCGGGCGGCGGCAGGCAGGGUGCGCAGCACGUCGCCGCCAACACCAGGACUGGUCUCACCCUGGAGGAGGCUCUUCGCAUUUUGAACGUGGAGCGUCUUGACCAGACGGAGCAGAUCGAGCGAAACUACAAGCAUCUCAUGGAGGCUAAUGACCGAUCAAAGGGUGGCUCAUUCUACCUGCAAUCCAAGAUUGUUCGUGCCAAGGAGCGCAUUGAUGAGGAAGUGAAAAAUCAGAAAGGGACGGCGACACCGCCACCACCAGAAGGUUCGACGAGCGGUCACGAAGCUCCCAGGCAGCCAUGAGAUUCGACCCUAGUCUAAAUUAAUUCUAUAUAAAGUGUACAUAACUUCAUAAUAAAUAAUAGCUUCUGAUAUCGAUUAUAAUAUGGUUUCAAAACAUGAGAUGUUAUUUUAAUCCAACACAAACAUUAUGUAAAUAUGUAAUAUGAUCUUGAAAAUGUUGAGCUGAAAUGUAUAUUUUGAGUACAUAGCGAUUCCAAGACUUUUGUGGGAAUAAAACUUAGGUUUCUUGUACUGAGAAAUA